AUGGCUAAAUGUUUUCUUUUAUUCAUCACUCUUCUUGUCAUUAUCUUGUUUCUUAUUGGUAUUAUCAAGCAUGAAGAAUUAGGUAAAGAUUUCUUAGCAAUAAUGAUAGUUAUAGUUUUACCAUUACUAGUCUUAGCUUGGUUUAUUAAUAGAGAUAUAAUCAUAACUAACAGAAGGUAUUAUCAAGCUGACACUCGAGAUGUUCGUGAACUUGUUGCGGCUGUGUUAGUUCAAACACAACAAAAUGCUCAAAUCCUGCAAAUCACUCGUGAUCAUCAACUUUUUCAGCAACAUCAAAGAGAAACUGUGCAUGAAGAUACGGGGUUGAACUCGUUUCUGAAAGGUAAACCACCACAAUUUGGUGGUGACUUUAAUUUGGAGGGUGCUGAGAAAUGGUUGCAAGAGAUAGAGAAGAUAUUUUCGUUCACUCACUGUAGAGAGAAUAGAAGAGUCGGUUAUGCAACAUUCAUGCUGACAGGCAACGCUGAAGCCUGGUGGAGAGGAAAACAUAGAUUAUUGGAAGAGGAAGGAAGAGAGAUCAACUGGAUCUUGUUCAAAGAAGAAUUUUUGGGGAAGUAUUUACCAAAGCUAUGUAGGAAAGAGAAGGAGAGAGAAUUCCAGAACCUGCGUCAAGAAAGAUGUUUGGAGUUGGAAGGAAUUAACAAUAGGAAGAAUCAAUAUGGAUCAGGAGUACCAACCUGCAACAACAAUCACAAGGGCCAUUUUAACCAAUACCAUGGAGGAAGGACCCAACAAGGGGGUAGGCCAUAUCAAAGGCCUACACCAUAUCAUAACCAGGAUUCUAGGAGGUUAAUGUUCAAGUGUUACAGUUGUGGAAGGGCACAUCUUAACAAAGAUUGUCCAAAUAGAAAUAUUGGAGCUUGUUUUCGUUGUGGUCAGAAGGGCCAUUUUCUCAAAGAUUGUCCCCAAGGACAAAAUCAACCAACAAGCCAGAAGAGCGUCCUAAUAAACAAUAACGAUGUAGGGAGAGCAAGGAAUGGAGGCCCAAAUGUUGGUCAAGGACCUCAAAAUCAGAACAAGCCAACCACAGGAAGAGUAUUUGCAAUUAGAGGAGCUGAGAUCUCAAAGUCAGAUGGGUUAAUCCAAGGUAUGUGUCUAAUUGGAGAUAAGUUGGUAUCAGUAUUAUACGAUUCAGGAGCUACACAUUCAUUUAUAUCUACAUCUUGUGCGGAAAUUUUGGGAUUUGAAAUUGUUGAUCUCAACUAUAAAUUGACCAUUAGAACUCCCUCGGGAGAAAGAAUGGUAACUUGUUCAGUCUGUGCAGACUGCGCUGUAAUUUUAGAAAAUAGAAGAUUCUUAGUAGAUCUUGUAGUACUCCCGCUAAAAGACCUAGAUGUCAUCUUAGGAAUGGAUUGGUUAUCAGCCAACGAUGUAAACUUGGGGUGCAAGAAGAAAAUUUUAACGUUUGGAGAAGAUAGUGGAGAAGUCAUAAAGGUGGAAACUCUCACCCAAAAAUUUAUGAUGUUAUUCUCUAUGUCAGAAGGAGAAACCCCUAGUGUUGAAAUCCUCUAG